GAUCAAGAGUCGGACUCUCCGUGGGAAGAUUUUCACCUUCACAUCUACCCAAAGAAAAUCUCCACCGGGCAGCGGAAACUGGUGACCGAUUCUUGCCGUCGACAGGGGCUGCGCGUCUCAGAAACAGCCAGUGAUGAUGUCACUCAUGUUGUUACCAACCUAGAUCCAGAGCGUGCUGCCAGCGAGUUCAAAGACAGUCCACUGUGUGCAGCGGAUGUUCUAACUCUUUCAUGGCUCACCUCUAGUUUAGCUGCUGGACGGCCAUUGGCGAAUGAUGCUUUCAGAGAUCUUGCUUGCCCCAAUAAGAAACCAAUGACUGGUGAGGACAAUGAGGCCGGAACAAGUCAAGAUGAUUCUCAUGCGUUUGAGGAUACUAACUAUGCGUGCUUGAGUGCUACCCCGCUCAAAGCAGUGAAUCCAGACAACCAAAGAUUUGUUGAUGCCUUGCUGGCGUUGGAGAAAGCUCGGGAGAUCUUGGACUACAACAGCGAAGCACGCGGGUCAAGAUCUCUGGCUUUUCGCCGCGCUGCUUGUAAGCUGAAGAUCUACCCCAAGUCAAUUACCAGUGCAAAGCAAGUAGCCAACCUGGAUGCCAUUGGGCGACAUAGCUUGCAAGUAGUGGAGGACAUUUUAAAGGAUGGCUAUUCACAGGAAGUGAAGGACUACGAAAACAACGCAAGACUGCAAGUGCUGAAGACAUUCAGCAGCGUAUACGGCUGCGGACCCGCCAGUGCUGCCAAGUGGUAUGGAGCAGGCGCGCGCACCAUCAAAGACAUACGUGACGACUGCGCCUCAUUGUCCGAUCGUCAGAAAGUCGGUCUUGAAUACCAUGACUAUCUUCAAGUGCCAGUCGCACAGGAGGAAGCUGAAGCACUGCGCUCUCUGAUCGAAGAAGAAGUACAGAGCUUGUCGACGGGCAUGACAGCCACAUUGGCUGGUGGGUUUCGAAGAGGCAAGCCAUCAGGGCAUGACAUUGAUGUUCUGCUGCAUCAUGCCAAUGAUGACUACGAGACCGACUUCUUACAAACGCUGACCGAGAAACUUCAACGUAAGGGACUUCUUGUGCACUCAGAGCUUUUCAUCGGCAAGAACACCAGCAACCAACUGGAGAAAUCAGUUGCGUCUCAUUACCACCGAGACACGACUUUCUAUCAAAGAACACAAAAGAUGGAUCAUCUUGACAAAGCAUACUGCAUGCUUGACAUCACGGAUAACCUCCUGUCCCGUUACGUGACAGCAUCUGACGCUGCAGUAACGACCACGACCACCACCACCACCACUGGCCAUGCCUCUACUAUCACAGCUAUAUGUGCAACAUCUGCAGAGGGGAGGUCUGCUGACAGACAACCGUCGCAGGAGAAAGGCGAGGCUGGCAUUCAAGCUGCCUCUAAACCCUCACCGGUGAUACCCACAGCUGCUGCUGAUGAUGAUGAUCAUUUGGCAGCGAAAGAUGGAAGUCUACCUGAUGGCGAGAUGAGAUGGUGGACGAAACGCAAGCACUUCGUACGUCGAGUGGACCUGAUCGUGUGCCCACACAAGCAGUGGGCAUACGCACUUGUCGGAUGGACGGGAUCAAAGUACUUCAACCGAGCACUACGUCUGUACGCGGUGCGAGAAAAGCAGACCAUUCUAAACAGUCAAACGAUGUACAACCAGACAACACAACAGUUCAUUCCUGCUGCGACCGAGGAGGAUGUCUUCAGGCAACUCGGCGUUCCCGUCUUUCCGCCGCACCUCCGCAACUGCUAGCUGUUAGUAUUGCAUGUACAUUAAACAGUCGUACUCUGUAGUCAUUACCGAACUAUCUCUUGAUGAGUAUUACAGUGUUUAAUCCAUAUCUGCUGGCAGGUAUAUACGAGGAAACCCAAUUUACUUGAUGGAUGCUGAGAUCCUUGUCAGUCAUACUUACUACUUGUUAGUCACAUUACUCUUGUCAGUCAUAUUACCGUACUACAGUCCUAUGCAUGUAACUCAUGCCAGGCAGUGCUUAUGUUCUUGGAAGUUCUGUACUCUUCUCUCUCUUUCGUUUUGCUGCUAUCCAAGUCUAUCCUCUCUUUCAAA